AUCAUGUCUGGAGCUGCAGUGGCCGAGCGUCAACGCCCCAAGGCCGUGUACGUGUUCAGCGGCAAGCGGAAAUGCGGAAAGGAUUACAUAACGGACGCGAUCCACAAAAGAAUUGGAUCAGAAAAAUGUGUGAUAAUUCGUCUUUCGGGCCCCAUAAAAAAGCACUGGGCCCAAACUAAAUCACUUCAAUUGGAUGAGCUUCUCAGUGAUGGUGAAAUGAAGGAACAACACAGAAAGUCAAUGAUUGAAUGGAGUGAAAAUGUACGCACAAAUGAUAAUGGUUAUUUUUGUCGUAUGGCAAUAGAUAUGUAUGAUCAAAACCAUUCAAAAGAUAUAUGGAUUGUGAGUGAUGCUAGAAGAAAGACUGAUAUUGCAUGGUUCAAAUCAAAUUAUGAUAAUUUAAAACUGAUUAGAAUCACUGCAGAUGAAUGCACAAGAAAAGAAAGAGGAUGGAACUUUAUACAGGGAGUUGACGAUGCAACAUCAGAAUGUGAUUUGGAUGACCAUUUAGAAUGGGAUUGGAUUGUUGAAAACAAUAAAUUUAAUGAUUGCAAUGACUUUGUAAAUGAAAUUGUGAACCAUGUACUAACGGUUUGAUGAUAUUUAUUUUAUAUACUUAAAUAGAUUCAAUAUAUUAUAUACAAUAUACAUACAUUCUAUGCACUGGUUUAUGUAUUUAUCAAGCUCACUUAUAUUAAAUAAAUUUACUUAAACUAAUUAAUAUAUUUUUACAAUGCAUAAAUAAACGAAUUUACUAUAAUUAUUGUUUCAUUAAUAUAGAACUGUACCUAAUACAAAUUGUAUUUAAAUAAAAGUUUAUUGCUCAAUACUAUAUAUUGUAUAAAUACUAAAUACAAAUAUACAAUACUAUUUAAUACUACAAACUUCAAGUAUCUUACUGUCCUUGUUAAAUUUGCAGUGCAAUGCUAUUAUCCUAACCAUCGAUAAAUUGACAUGAAGCUUUAAAAGUAAUAUCAUUAAAAUAUGUUCAUAAAGAAGAUAAAUCAAUGAGCAAUUUUUGUGGAACUGAACUCUCAUAGUCAACCACAAAAUCACAGAAUGCCUCCAAUACGCAGACAAACUCAACAUACCCAACACCCUAGACGCAGCACUUGGACCUGACGCAGAGACCACCACACAAAUUUUAAAGCAAAAUUGUAUAACCUAAUUAAAAAAAAAAAAAAAUAAUUGUAACUAAUGAGUAAUGGCCAAUGUUGCUGAACUGCUGAAGAUAAUUAAGAACAAAAAAAAAAAAAUAGAAAACGAGUCAUAUGUACCUAGCUAAUAGAUAAAAUUAAAUCUUAUCAGGGACAACUGCAAUCUUAUUGUCUUACGGACCAAUUGUUAAAAAAAAAAAAAACAGUUUUUCUUUAUGAUAGAGGUAAAAAAACUUGUUGAGAACCUCCUAUUAAAAUUUCUAAUGUUACC